AUCGAACCUUGACUCUGCAUUCUGCUAUCCCUUGGUCUGCAAAGCGCCAAUAAUUCAUGGGCUGAAAUAACUCGAUAGCCAAAAGGACAAAAAACAGUAAUUGGUUUUACUUAUAGUUGGACUAUGGCCUUCCAAUUACUAUUGAUGUUGACGCUGGUUGCUUGCAAAUCUCUUUUAAACGAGAACUUGGACCAAGCAGGCACGAGCAAUGCUUUUCGCUCUGAUGGUAUAGCAAUUGAAUUAGAUCUGGCAGCUGCAGCUAGUAUUUUGAGCGUAGAAAGGCAGCUUCGAGAAAGCUGCUGCAGAGGACGUGGGCGCAACACACACUGGUUGAUAAUUCAUAGACUAUAUUCGAACCGUUGUCAUUGUUAGGAUAUAGUUUCUAACUAACAAAUAAAA